AUGGAGAUACCACCCUCUUUUGUGAACUUGAUAGCCGACGUCUCGAUCGAGGAGACCCCGGGCUCCCUCAGGUUCAUCACCACCGUCGACGCAUCGGCAGCGAGAUCUAGGCCGUCCCUAAUAAAGGCUCUGUCGUCGCCCUUCACACUCACCAGAACAACAUCGACACUUGUUCCUCAUGGCCAAGAUCACAUUGUCAUGCCAAUCACAUCGAGUUUCUUUCGUGCCGACCUUAUCGCUGACAUAGCUUCCUUCAUGAUGAUGCCACCAUCUAGUGUAAAAGGAGUUGUUGCUCACGAACCCGAUUUGUGUAUUGUCCUAAAAAAGAGGUGCGGCUUAGGAGCCAUAACAAAGGCGGCUGUCUUAGCCACGUGUUCCGAGCCGCUGCUUCCGCCGCCAAUCCUUUCACAUGAAGGGCACAUACGUGGCAGCUGGAAGCUGCAUAUAGAGCGGCUUAGCCAAUUUCAUAGCCUUCAGCUCUUGAAGCUCCUUCUGCAGCCGCCGGUUCUCAUCCGUCAGCGUCUCACAGCACUUCUUCAGAAACUCGCAGUCCACCUCUGUUUGCUUCAGCUUUGUUCUGUAUAA